GUCCUACUUUCUCUCUCCUCCACUUCUAUUUCUCUCUCUUGUUAUAAACCUGCAAAAAAUACUUGCACUGAACUCACACAACUUAGAAAGAGUUUUUUUGAGGAGAGAGAAAAUUUUGGGGGAAAAAAUGGCGAUUUCUAAGGUUUCAUUCCUCCUUGUUUCUCUCUUAGCUUUGUUCGCUUCGAUCUCUGCUUCUGAGUCUACCGAUUCAUCUGCAUCGUCUGAUGCUAAGGAGUUUGUUCUUACUCUCGAUCACACUAAUUUCUCUGAAACUGUCGCUAAACAUGAUUUCAUUGUCGUUGAAUUCUACGCUCCAUGGUGUGGACACUGUAAGAGUCUAGCUCCCGAGUAUGAGAAAGCUGCAUCCUUGUUGAGCAGUCACGACCCUCCAAUUGUUUUGGCAAAGGUUGAUGCCAAUGAGGACUCAAACAAGGAACUUGCUUCUGAAUAUGAUGUUAAGGGUUACCCUACACUGAAGAUUGUGAGGAAUGGUGGGAAAUACAUUCAGGAGUACAAGGGUCCAAGGGAAGCUGAAGGAAUUGUUGAGUAUUUGAAAAAGCAAAGCGGUCCUGCAUCUGUUGAGAUUAAAUCUGCUGAUGAUGCUACCACUCUCAUUGGGGAUCAAAAAGUUGUUAUUGUUGGGAUAUUCCCAGAACUCUCUGGUGAGGAGUACACUAGCUUCCAAGCCUUGGCUGAGAAGUUGCGCUCAGACUACGAGUUUGGUCACACUACUGAUGCGAAGCUCCUACCAAGGGGUGAGUCAUCUGUGAAGAAGCCCACCCUUAGGUUGUUCAAGCCUUUUGACGAGCUUGUGGUUGACUCUCAGGAUUUUAAUGCGGAAGCUCUGGAGAAGUUUGUUGAAGAAUCCAGUACUCCUACUGUGACUAUCUUCAGCAAGGACCCAGCACACCAUCCCUAUGUUAUUAAGUUUUUUAACUCUCCCAAUGCCAAGGCCUUGUUGUUCAUGAACUUCAGCAUUGAUUUUGAUUCAUACAAGUCAAAAUAUGAACAAGUUGCCAAAGAAUACAAAUCAAAGGGUAUUAGCUUUUUGUUGGGGGACCUUGAUGCCAGUUCUGGAGCACUCCAGUAUUUUGGACUUAAAGAGGAUCAAGUACCUCUCAUUAUUGUCCAGACCAACGAUGGAAAGAAAUACGUUAAAGAUAAAGUGGAGGCUGAUCAAAUUGCAUCAUGGAUCCAGGAUUACAGUGAAGGCAAGGUGGCCGCACACAGGAAGUCAGAACCCAUCCCUGAAAGCAAUGAUGAACCUGUGAAGGUGGUUGUUGCAGACACCCUUCAGGAUAUAGUUUUCAACUCCGGCAAAAAUGUUUUUUUGGAGUUUUACGCACCCUGGUGUGGACAUUGCCAAAAGUUGGCUCCGAUCUUGGAUGAAGUUGCCGUUUCCUUUGAAAAUGAUAAAGAUAUCGUCAUUGCCAAGCUUGAUGCUACUGCAAAUGAUCUCCCAGAUGACACUUUUGAUGUCAAAGGUUACCCAACUUUGUAUUUUAGAACAGCAAGCGGGAAUGUUCUAUCAUAUGAUGGAGACAGGACCAAGGAAGAAAUCAUUGAUUUUAUUCAAAAGAACAGGGACCCAGCUGCUAAGCAAUCUUCUAUUGAGGAAACUUCAUCUGAGCAAACUUCAUCUAAGGACGAGUUGUAAUUUAGGAAAAAGGAUUAAGAUGGUGGAAUUCAUGGACAGGAACUUAAUUUAUACCACAGAACGUUCAUCGAUUAGCUAUAUGUUAGAUUCGCGACAUAAGCUAGCGUGGUGGUCUGCCCCGGCUUUUGCCAUCUUCCUGAUUAUCCUUAUCGUUCUCGUUACUUUGUAUCAUGCACUCUCUUUCUCUCUCUCUCUUUUCUGUAAUAAAUUUAAGGCCUUGCUUUGUGGCUUUUUAGAUCUGACGAUUUUGGAGGUAGUUUAAUUAGUCAAGGUGUAUCGUCGAGAUCUGAAGUUGCCAUGGAUUUUUGAUAGGAAGUAUGUUUAUGUUAGUUAACUUCAUUUUGCUGGCCCAUUCUCACUCUGAGAGUUCUCGAUCUUAAGUCACUUAUUUCAUGUACUGCUAAAAAUUCUAGCCUUGCUUUUAACAAGUCUAAUUGUGGAUUUUCAAUA